CUUUGGUCUUCCUCUCCUCCUUUGACCUUGGGGAUUCUGAGUGGGGGCUUGUCUUGUGACGCAGUUUGGUGCUUUCCUCAAUGUGUGUCCUAUCCACUUCCAGCGCUUCUUCAUGAUUUCUUCCUCAACUAGAAUCUGGUUUGUUCUCUCCCACAGCAGGUUGUUGCUGACAGUAUCUGAUCGACGAAUCCGAAGUAUUUUACGUAUACGGCUGGUAAUAAACACCUGUAUCUUCUGGAUGAUGGUUUUCGUUGUUCUCCAGAAUUCCGCUCCGUAGAGAAGAGCUGUCUUAAUAUUUUUAUUGAAAAUUCUAGCCUUGGUGUUGGUUGCCAAUUGUUUUGAGUUCCAGGUGUUCUUCAAUUGUAAAUAUGCUGCUCUUGCUUUUCUGAUCCACGCCUUCACAUCUGCAUCAGACCCACCGUGUUCAUCAAUGAUGCUGCCCAAAUAUGUAAAGGUUCUUACAUAUUCCAAAUCUUCUUCAAUUGUGAUUUGAUUGGUGCAUGCUGUGUUGUAUCGGAGAACCUCGCUUUUCUUUUUGUGUAUAUUGAGACCUACUGCUGCUGAGACUGCUGUUACAUUAGUCUUCUCUUGCAUUUGUUGUUGCGUUUGCGAUAGAGGAUCCAGAUCAUCUGCGAAGUCUAGAUCGUCCAGCUGCAUCCUAGAUGUCCACUGUAUCCCGUGCUUCCCUUCAGGUGUUGGCGUCCUCGUGAUCCAGUCGAUCACCAUGAGAAAUAGAAAGGGUGAGAGUAAGCUACCUUGCCUGACACCGGUCUUUACUUCGAACGAGUUUGUCUACUGUCGUCCAUGCACAAUUUUGCAGUUUAACCCAUCAUAGGAAUUCCGUAUGAUAUUGACUAUCUUCUGAGGCACUCCGUAGUGUCGAAGAAGUUUCCAUAGUGUUGUUCUGUCCACGCUAUCAAAUGCUUUCUUGUGGUCAAUGAAGUUGAUGUAGAGCGAUGAAUUCGAUUCGAUUGAUUAUUCCACAAUGAUCCGUACAGUUGCGAUUCGAUCUAUACUUGACAGAUCUUACGGAAUCCAGCCUGUUGGUCUCGAAGUUCCAGUAAUUUUAUAUAAACCCUUCAUAACCUCUAAAAUUAUCACACAAUUUAUAUUAUCUGUCUGCGUACCUCAUUUGAUUAAUGCAUCACCUACCUUCUAUGCUGUAGUGUUCGUAUCUGUUGACACAAUUUGAAAAUGAGAAACUGGUUAAUAAUUUUUCGGAUGUGCACUGAUCAUAAAGGUUGCGUGGUUGAUAAAAUAUUACCGUUGAUAAGAAGAGUUUAUUUGGCAUAUAUCAUUAUGAUACACCUAUGUAGUAAGCUAAGUUUAAGCACUUAGUAGGACAAGUUUAUGUAGUGGUAAGCUCCUUGUUUCUUAUUAGCUUUUGAAUGCUUUCACUAACGAUUAGCCACGAAUGCAGUAAAGGAUUCAUUUGGAUUUUCUGGUAGCAUGAACCACAAAAAUAUUGCUGGUAAUUUUAUGGUUUCUUUUGAUGCGACAUGAUUGUUUACAAAAAUAGCACUUUUUGAAACCAUAGACAUAAUUUGCCAGCAUCUUGACAUUCUACCUCUACCAGCAUCAGGAUCCAAACUACUGUUACUCAUGUGCGCAAAAGAUGUUAAGUUCCAGUUCAACAAUAUCAUUUACCGGCAAACCUAUGGUGUAGCAAUGGGGAAGUUCGUUAGUUUCUAUCGUAGCAGAUUUUUUCAUAGCUAACUUCCAAAGAACCAAGCUCAAAGGAGCGAUUGAUGAAAUAGUGUAUUAUUCGAUGUAUGUUGGUGAUACCUUCAUCGUAUGUAAUAAUCAACAACAUUAAUAAAUCUACUAAAACUUUUCAACGAAACCCAUCCAAAUAUCCAUUUUGCUAUGGAAAGUAAAAAUGAGAACAAAUUUCAUUUUCUCGAUAUCGCAAUCAAACGAAGGAAAGAUGAGACAGCUCAACGUUUAGUUUGUAAGAAAGACACAUGGAACGGGGUUUAUCUCAAUUUCAGUAGCUUUUGUCCAAUCAGUUACAAGGAGGCAUUUGUCAAAACACUUUCAUAGAACAAAAAGAAUAUAUACUGCCGACACAUUAAAAGAGGAUGUUAUGAAUGUUAAAAAAUGUUUAAAGAAUAACGGAUGCGCACUGAAAUUUGUUGAGAAAUAUGGAAAACGUGAAGAUAAAAAACCCAAAGAAACUGCAGCAAAUAAGAAACCAAUUUUUAUCCAACUUAAAUUCAAAGGUGAUGAUGUCACAUGGUCAAUCAAUAUGGAACUAAAAACUGCAUUGACAAGAACUUAUCCUGCAGCUAAACUAAUUUUCCUGUCCAAAACAACAUUUCUUUAACACAAUCAAAGGUCGGUAGGUAUCCCUUUCAUGUUACCACCAACUGUGUGUACAAAUUUACAUGUAUCUGCCAAAGCAGUUACAUUGGUAAAACAGGAAGGAGAGCCUACGUCCGAUUCAAAGAACAUAUUCCGGCAAGUUUAAAAUCAAAUGGAUUAAGAGCAUUCAACAAUGUCAUCGCAAGACAUCUCCUUGAUACAGGACAUGAAGUCGAUGCAGUGAAGUCCUUCAAGGUGAUUAACGAACAAUCAAACUCCAACCUUUAGAAGUUUGCCUAAGCGACAGAAAUCAGACGUCUAAAACCAGAUCUAUGUAUCCAAAAAGAGACAGUAGUAAAUCUUUCUUUGCCCUGGUAACACUAAACCUCUUUUUAUUUAUUACGUCAUCCAUUAUUUCAACUCUUUCUGGAGUUUGAAUUACUUCGUUGUCAUUUUCCUUCAAUUCAUAUAUUUCUUUGUUACUAUUAAUCUAUUUUCAGUUGCUUUAUUGCACAAUUAUCUAAUGUUUAUUAACUUCAUGAGUCCUAAUCUCUAUUUCAAUGUUCUGGAACUUUCCCUUUCAAACUUUAUUAAUCCGAAACAAAAAUUUUUAUGACCUUAUUAACUCUAUUGAAAUCUUCGCUGCAUCAUGAUACAUAUAUUCAUCUUUAGUCACCCUCGUAUGUAUAAGUAUGUCAAUAUCAGUAUUAACGUUGAUUUUCAAAUAUUUUAGGUUGUAAGCAGCUGAUGAGAACCUAACGAAAUAAAAUGGAUUCAUAUUAUUCUGCACCAAUCUUUGUCCUUGUUCCCUUUAAGAUAAUAAAGGGAACUAUGUGUUUGAAAUCACUAAAGAUAGUUGAUGUGAAUUGAUUGUAGACAAGUAUCCGAUCAUAAGUGUCUUUAACGCACUAUUGUUAUGUAGUGAUCAUUCAUGUUAGUGAUGUUGAUGUUGAAUGUAUAACUUUAACAAAAGUUUGUCUUUGAGGUUAUCGUGCACUAGCUAAUAUCUAUUACAUAUUCCAUAUAUCGAUUCAUCGUCUGACUGCUUAGAUCAGGAGUAUAUCAAAGUCUAACUCACUAUACUAACAUACGAUAUCAGUCCAUUAAGCUACCGGACAGUAAUUUAAAUGAUAUAAGCUCCAAAGAGUUAAUAGUCGAGUGAUAGUUGUAGGUAUCAUAGCUUAGAACAAUUUGUCACAACGCAGACGCAUUCAUAAAGAUAUAUUAGUUCGUCUCCUGUCUUUAUGUCUGUUCAUUUUGUUGUUUUUAUUUCGUUAGUCUUUUCCUUCUAUGAAAUUAUAAAGCGUGAAGUUGCAAACUGAUGCAUUAUUAUGUGAUGUUUACGUGUCUUGUUUUUAAACUAAAGUAACUCUCUGUUAGUGUUCAUUAUUUACCAAAUUCUUACACUUAUCUAAUGAGUCAUUAUUGGUUAGGAUUUACAUCCAAUCUGAAAGUGUAAAUAUAGUUAAUCAGUUAUUACUUUUUAAUCUAAUGCCUUGUUUAUUUUUAUAGUUAAAAGUUUAAAACAAUUAUUCCCUUUGAUAAAUUUCGAUAAUGCAAUGAGAAGACAAAGUUGAGCAGAAUUUUCAGCGUGUCUGUUAUAGUUAGCGUAUUUCAUGUUCUUAUUAAAAAACUACGAAGACUGAUUAAAAUCCAGAAUAUUGGUACAGAGACUCAUGCAUCUCAUUGUAAUUGAUUUCUAACAGUACCGAUUAAGAAUAGGGAUAAUUAUUUCCUAGCAGUUUAAAUAAGUAUAGUCGAGCAAAUAGUAGCAAAUUUAUAAUAAAAUUCACAUUUUGUUUCAGUGAGUCUAGCAUGAUAUUCCAUGUAUUCGUUGAGUGCCUUACCUAAUUUCCUUUACGUUUUUUUGCCGUUUCAUUCUUCGUCUGUGCAUGUCUACACAAUUCCACAUUUUAUCCACGUGAUUGGGUUAUAAUUAUUACCUCAGUCAUUCAGACAAUAUUUCUCCAGUUAUGCAUCACAUUUACGUGAUUUAUUCUACUACAUUGAUUACAACUCGAUAUCUUAUAAGGGUUUGCCGGCCCCUUUUCUAAAUGACCUGUUAAAUUUACAAAUGACAUAAACCAGAUAUAUUUACACCUUAACCGAUACGAAAGUCCACAUUCUUAACAUUGUUUAAUUUAUUAAUUCAUAUUUACUUAAUUUUGCCCACCGUAACACAAAGAUUAUAGAUGUAUAAAGCGUUAGAACCUGAUGACAAACUUUCUGAAAACUGUUCGCUCAAAAAAUUCUUUGUUUUUAAAGUGUAUAGGGAUCUUGAAAUUGUUAAUUUGUGAUAAGUGCGUGGCUCUUCAUCACCUAUCAAAAGAGUCUUUUUUAUCUCCAUAAACUGUUUUAAAGCACAAGUUCUUUUUACGGAAUCUUUUUUUAAGAUCUGGCGACCAUAUAAUUUUUUCAUCUGGGAUGCAUUAAUCUUUCGUUUAUUUCCUUUCAGAUCAUAACAAUUAGAUGAGACUUGAUAUUGAAUUUUCCGGUGGGGCUGAACUUUUGUUCAACAAGCAAAAAGAAUAUCAAGUUGACCUACCACCAACAGUGGUUCGACUAGGUGAUUUGCUUGUUUGGUUGGAGAAAAAUCUUUUACAAGAACGUCCUGAACUCUUCUUACAAGGGAAAAGCGUUCGACCUGGAAUUCUCAUUUUAAUCAAUGAUGUAGAUUACAGUUUAUUGGGUGAGAAUGACUAUAUUUUGAAGGAAAUGGAUAGAGUUAUAUUUAUAUCUUCAUUGCACGGUGGUUGAGUUUAUACACAAGGACAUUCUUUACAUGUUUGUAAUAUUUAUUUGUUAUUUGUAAAGAUGGUCAAGAUUAUGAUAAAUUCCUUUGAU